UGGCUCACAAGAAGCUCUCUACCAUGCCGUGCCCGUACUGGGUAUGCCCUUCUACUGCGAUCAGCAUCUUAAUUUGAAGAAAGCCGAGAGCAAUGGUUAUGCUAUAGUGCUGGACUUCCACACACUCACCAGUGAGCAGCUAAGAUAUAGCCUUCAUCAACUGCUGCACAACAGCACAUAUCGCGAGAAUAUCAAACGCUUCUCUAGCAUAUUCCACGAUCGUCCCAUGGGUCCACGUGAGACUGCGCUCUACUGGAUCGAUUAUGUAAUACGUCAUAAGGGCGCUCGUCAUUUGCGCGCUGCCGGCUUAGACUUGAAGUGGUAUCAAUUCUAUUUGCUGGACGUGAUAGCUUUGGUCGUAGCCGCCGUCGUUGUUUGCAUUGGAGUUCUUGUUCUGUUGGUACGCUGGAUAUUGCGGCAAAUCGGCAGUGAACAGACCAAGCAGAAAGUCAAUUAGUAUAAUUCUAUGAAAUUUUGUUGAUUUAAAAAAUUUUGUAAUAAUUUGUAAUUAGUUCUUUUAUUUUUAUGUAAGGCUCAA